CAAGGAGGAUUUGUAAAAUUGCUGCUUUGGAUUCCGACACCGCGUCCUCCGCCCGAGGCUCAGCUCGCCGCGUGGCGCAGCGCUCUUCCAAUCGCCCCCCCUCGGAAUGGUCCACGCCUAAGGCCACGCCCCCGCCGCUCGGUGCCUCGCAAGUCCCCGAAUCCAGCUCCCUGUCCCCGGCGUCUCCAGGCUUCCCUCUCGCCGCUUCUGCGCCUCGCUCAGCCUCUAGCGGUCCUUCCCUCUCUCCUCCAUGGCGUCACUCCUGUGCUGUGGGCCUAAGCUGGCCGCCUGUGGCAUCGUCCUCAGCGCCUGGGGCGUGAUCAUGUUGAUAAUGCUUGGGAUAUUUUUCAAUGUCCACUCCGCUGUGUUAAUUGAGGAUGUUCCCUUCACAGAGAAAGAUUUUGAGAACGGCCCGCAGAACAUAUACAGCCUGUACGAGCAAGUCAGCUACAACUGCUUCAUCGCCGCCGGCCUCUACCUCCUCCUCGGCGGCUUCUCCUUCUGCCAAGUUCGGCUCAAUAAGCGAAAGGAGUACAUGGUGCGCUAGAGCGCAGCCCGGCUCUCCCUCCCCACCUGCUCCCCUAUUUAAAGACUCCUCAGCCCGUCUGUCCCACCCGUCUGGCGUCCCCUGGGACCUGCAAAUUCUGCUCCGGGCCCGAGCGCGCCCUGGACUACAAUAAAAAGAAGCGAUUC